AUGCUCUUACUCCAGCUGGAAGAAUUAAAAAACCUUCCUAUUCAACAGUUACAACAUGGUUCAGAUGAUAAAGACUUAUUUAAUUAUGAUAAAUUAUUGGACAUGCCGGAGGAUGAAAAUGAAGUAGAUUUAGAAGAUAAUUCUGGUGAUGAAGAAUAUAUUGAAGAAAAUGAUUAUGAAAAUGAAUGGGAAAUUAGAAUGGAUAAAGGUAAAAAUAAUGAAAUUAAUUGUAGCGAUGACAAUAGUAAAGGGGAAAAUAGAAAUCAAAAUUAA